AUGGAGGGCGUACAUCGAUGGUCAUCUUACUAUGACUACAACAUUCAAGCCCACGAAAGGAGGAGUGGAAAUUUGGUCAAAAGCCCAACAGAAUAUCACGGAACCAAAUCCGCCAAUGCUCCUGCAAUCGAGACUCUACAAAUGAUUGGUGCGGUGAUUGUGGGGAAGACUAAGCUGAAUGCUAUGCUGGUACGUGAGGAGACGAUGGAAUGCGUGUAA